CCCAAAAAAGGGCAUAGGGGCGGGGACACCCCCGGGCCCAGCGGGCCGUCCGUUCGGCUCCGGGGUGUGUUAGCCAAAGAAUGAUAAAGUUGGUUUUAUUUCAAGAAGUCGAUCGAAAAGAAAGCCCCAGCGUUCUAGAGUUCAGCUGACGGGAAAGGGGGUGCGCAGCCUCGAGUUUGAGAGCUAUCCGGAGCCCCAAAACAGGGGUGGGCUCCAGCUCCCCGCACGCCCCGACCUUCCAUCGUAGGCCGGACCAUGGGAACCCCAAAGCCACGGAUCCUGCCCUGGCUGGUGUCGCAGCUGGACCUGGGGCAACUGGAGGGCGUGGCCUGGGUGAACGAGAGCCGCACGCGCUUCCGCAUCCCUUGGAAGCACGGCCUACGGCAGGAUGCACAGGAGGAGGAUUUCAGAAUCUUCCAGGCCUGGGCCGAGGCCACUGGUGCGUACGUUCCCGGGAGGGAUAGGCCAGACCUGCCAACCUGGAAGAGGAAUUUCCGUUCUGCCCUCAACCGCAAAGAUGGGUUAUGUUUAGCAGAGGACCGGAGCAAGGACCCUCACGACCCACAUAAGAUCUACGAGUUUGUGAACUCAGGAGUUGGGGACUUUUCCCAGCCAGACACCUCUCCGGACACCAGUGGCGGAGGCAGUACUUCUGAUACCCAGGAAAACAUUCUGGAUGAGUUACUGGGUAACAUGGUGUUGGCCCCACUGCCAGAUCCAGGACCCCCAAGCCUGGCUGUAGCCCCUGAGCCCUGCCCUCAGCCCCUGCGGAGCCCCAGCUUGGACAAUCCCACUCCCUUCCCAAACCUGGAGCCCUCUGAGAACCCACUGAAGCGGCUAUUGGUGCUGGGGGAAGAGUGGGAGUUCGAGGUGACAGCCUUCUACCGGGGCCGCCAAGUCUUCCAGCAGACCAUCUCCUGCCCGGAGGGCCUGCGGCUGGUGGGGUCUGAAGUGCCAGACAGGACGCUGCCUGGAUGGCCAGUCACACUGCCAGACCCUGGCGUAUCCGUCACAGACAGGGGAGUGAUGAGCUAUGUGAGGCACGUGCUAAGCUCCCUGGGUGGGGGACUGGCUCUGCGGCGGGCCGGGCAGUGGCUCUGGGCCCAGCGGCUGGGGCACUGCCACACAUACUGGGCAGUGAGUGAGGAGCUGCUCAACAGCGGGCAUGGGCCUGACGGCGAGGUCCCCAAGGACAAGGAAGGAGGCGUGUUCGACCUGGGGCCCUUCAUUGUAGAUCUGAUCACCUUCACGGAAGGAAGCGGACGCUCACCACGCUAUGCCCUCUGGUUCUGUGUCGGGGAGUCAUGGCCCCAGGACCAGCCGUGGACCAAGAGGCUCGUGAUGGUCAAGGUUGUGCCCACGUGCCUCAGGGCCUUGGUAGAAAUCGCCCGGGUAGGGGGUGCCUCCUCCCUGGAGAACACUGUGGACCUGCACAUUUCCAACAGCCACCCACUCUCCCUCACCUCUGACCAGUACAAGGCCUACCUGCAGGACCUGGUGGAGGAUAUGGAUUUCCAGGGCCCUGGGGAGACCUGAGCCCUCACUCCUCAUGGUGUGGCCUCUAACCUCCCCAUCCCCCACCACCUCAACCAAUAAACUGGUUUCUGCUAUGAUCA